AAAUAUUCCUUUUUUGUGUUUUUUUUUUUUUCUCUCUCUCUUCACUGAACACUCGUUACACUUGUCUCCUCGUCAAUUCCACUUCAUCGUCCCUAUUCAAUAUUCAUCACUCACCUUUCAAUUUUUUCCCUUUUUUAAUUGAAUUAAUAAUUAAUUAAUUUCUUCCAUCUAGGGUUUUCAAUUAGGAUCCCGAAUUACGAUUCGGUUCUCAUUUUCGUUUUUGCCUAUUGAAUUUACGACUUAGGGUUUAUUGGUCUCUGAAAAACCUUCGUUUCGCGCUAGAAAUCUAGGUUUUUUGGAGCUGGGGUGACAGGGCUAUCCCACUUUGUCGUUCCCGCCCACAAAAAGGAGGUCAACGUAAGCUGCUAGAUUGUUAUAAACUGGAGUUGCUAUCAUCACGAUGUUGGAUGUGAAUUGUAGUAGCGGGUUUUAUAUCUCUAGUUGUCUUCUCCACUUGGCUGAAUGGCACCCAUUGGAAUAGCAACGUUGAGUAGGGCUUGAAUUGGAGCCCUUUUUUCUUCCUCUUAAAUCAAAUUUUUUAAUUUUUAGGUUGAGAGAUACUAUACAUCAAUCAAAUUUAGGAUUCAAGCUUCAGAUGCUCAAUAAGACUCUCUCUUUUGCCAUGGGGUGCUGUAGUUGCUUCGGGUUCAUCAGGACACCUAACCGUCAAAGUCAAAGGUCUAAGCCUGCCACUAACAAUAAUAAUCUCUGCCAGGAGCCUCUUCUAGAUGAUGACAUUGAAGAUGAAGAGGGUGAGCAUUUGUACAAUGAUGAGGUUACUAACACUAGUGGAGAUGAAGGCGAGGAGGAAACUCGUCCCAAGCGAUCGGAAGAAAUUUUGAACUUGAGAGUAGAAAAUGACAUGAUUUGUACACGGUUUCCUGUUAAGGAGACUCACAAACUUGUGCGCACCGAGGAUGAAAAUGGGAACAAGAUGAUAAAUGAGUAUAUUCGUGAGUGUAAAAUUGGUUCUGGUAGCUAUGGGAAAGUGGCUCUUUAUCAAAGCUCUGUCGAUGGAAAGAAUUAUGCAAUUAAGGCCUUUCAUAAAUCUCAUUUACUGAAGCUUCGAGUUUCACCCUCAGAAACUGCCAUGACUGACGUACUACGCGAGGUUUUUCAGCUUAUUUUGCUUCCUGGUUUGGUUCUCAUUAUGAAAAUGCUGGAACAUCCUAAUAUAGUCGAUCUCAUUGAGGUGAUUGAUGACCCACAGUCAGAUAACUUCUACAUGGUACUUGAAUAUGUGGAAGGAAAAUGGAUAUGCGAGGGUUCAGGUACCACUUGUGGCUUAGGUGAAGAGACUGCUAGGAGAUACUUGCGUGAUAUAGUUUCUGGAUUAACAUAUCUCCAUGCUCAUAAUAUUGUUCAUCUGGAUAUUAAGCCAGAUAAUCUGUUGAUUACUCGUCAUGGUACAGUAAAGAUAGGGGAUUUCAGUGUCAGCCAGGCUUUUGAGGAUGAUAAAGAUGAGCUUCGUCGAUCACCUGGCACUCCUGUUUUCACUGCACCAGAGUGUAUUUUAGGUGUGAAAUAUGGUGGUAAAGCUGCAGACACGUGGGCAGUAGGAGUUACUUUAUACUGUAUGAUAUUGGGUGAAUACCCUUUUCUUGGAGACACACUUCAAGAUACAUAUGACAAAGUAAGAAAUACACACUCAGACAUAUAUGACAAAAUAGUCAAUAAUCCUUUAGUACUCCCCAACGAUAUGAAUCCCCCAUUGAAGAACUUAAUAGAAGGCCUACUUUCCAAAGACCCAAGAUUAAGGAUGUCUUUAAGUGAUGUUGCGGAAGAUAGCUGGGUUAUUGGAGAUGAUGGGCCAAUUCCUGAUUACCUUUGUUGGUGCAAAAUGAAGAGCUUGGGAAUUGAGGACAAUGAUGAGAGCAAUACUGACUAAAUUUUUUUAGUUUGCAUUUAUGUACAGUGGAAAAGCUGUGAUUUUUUUUCUUUGUUAGACUCUUUGCUGGUAUUUUAUGAUUAGAGGCAGUCUUAAAGGAAUCUCAAAAUUUAAGAAAAUAUAGUUCAUGUAGGCAUGAUAAGUAGCAGAGGCAGAAGAAUGUUUUUUUAUUUGUUUUGUGAAAGAAUUUGGUGUCUAGAAGUAGAAACUGAGAGAAAGGCCUUGUAUAAGGAUCCUUACACGCAUGAAAUGAAUUUUGAGCUCUAGCUUCUAGGCAUAGAUAUUCUUAAUUCUUAGUUUAAACUUUGUAUGUAUCAUCUCAAUUAAGAAAUGGCAACCCCAAAUGUUUUCACUGUCAUGAAACAA